GACCAUUUAGAGUAGACACGGCCAAAUGUAUAUUCAUACUAAAAGUCGUUGAAGCCAACAUCUCUGCUGCCUAAUUCGCCCACGUUGACGUCACAACAGUUUGUUGUGUAAGUGUUUGUGGUGUUUAACUUACAUUGUUGUUGAACAAUACAUUAUUGUUAGCUUGGUUGUGACGUCAAUAUGGGCGGAUUUGGUAGUAGAUGUUGGCUACAGAGGCUAGACUUCCCAGCGUAAUAAUGACAAUAAUUACAACACAAAUCAAAUUAAAACAUCGAUAGCUUUAACUUACUCGAUUUCGUUCGACUGUCGACUAUAGAGAAGAGAAUGAGAUAUCGAUAUUUAGGUAUCGAUUGUUCUCAGGGGAAUAGAAAAGUAAAUCUAACCUCAAUAAAAUGUUGUUGAUUGACGUUUCCAACAACAUUUUUAAAUCAAUAACUAAAUAAUUAUUGAUUAGGAUUCAGGUUCAGUGUAUGCUACUUUUAAGCUUUUUAAGUUGAAAUAAAAUGGAUUCCGACUCUGAUGAGGAUUUUGUGACCUAUGGAACUCGCAGGGAACUUGAUGAAGAUGAAAUUGUUGCAAGAAAACGGCCUAAAACAAUUGCUGAUCAAACUGUUAAGGAUAAACAAGGACGACAACGUUUUCAUGGAGCUUUUACAGGAGGGUUUUCUGCUGGAUUUUUCAAUACAGUUGGAUCUGUUGAAGGAUGGACUCCAUCUUCAUUCAAAUCAUCACGUGCCAAGAGAGCUGAUAACCAAGGUCAAAAACCAGAAGAUUUUAUGGAUGAUGAGGAUACUGGCGAGUUCGGAUUCGCUCCUAAGACAGUUCAGGUUAAGAAUGAUUAUGACUCCAACAUUGAAGAGAAUCCUUUGAAGAGGAAGUUUGCAGUUAGAGAUAGAAGCGCUUUGGGUCAUCAUGCUCUGAACAGUAUUUUAAAACGGCCAGCAUUGAACCACACUCCACAUACCAAGGAACACAGAAAAAAUCAACAAUCCACUCCAUAUGGAGAGGAUGAGCAUGGAUCUGAGUCUGUUCACCCUGAUAUCGUUGUUCUUUCGGAGCAUGGACUCAGAGAGGAAGACCUACUACACACCAAUAUUGCUGGCUACACUCUUAUAGCAAACUAUUGUCGUAAAACUCUUCUCUGGGGCGGCAUUGCCAUGUAUAAAAGAAGCAACCUUCAACUGAACAUGGAGAAAGUAAACUUAGACCAGUCACAUGCACCUGCAGAACAGCUUUUUGAAACAGUGGUGGUGAAAGUACGGAUGAGGCAGAUGAACCUAAUCAUUAUUGGCACCUAUCGAUCUCCAUACCCCAGAACAGAAGAUGAAUUCCUAUCCAGACUUGGAAGUCUACUUCAAAAAUACUCUGGAAAGCGCUUCAAGAUUGUUGUCCUUGGAGACACCAACAUAGACACUCUAAAACCAGAGAGCCAAAUCUGUAAGGACCUAGAAAAUAUCUUGACACAGCAUGGCUGCCAAAUCUACAGGAUGCCUGCCACAAGAAUCACUCAAAACUCAACCACUAGCAUUGACGGAUGUUAUCACAAUAUGGACACAAAAACAAUAGAAACUAAAGCAUACCCAAACCAAAUUUCCGACCAUCACACUGUCAUCUGCAAAGAUACUGGCGAGUUCGGAUUCGCUCCUAAGACAGUUCAGGUUAAGAAUGAUUAUGACUCCAACAUUGAAGAGAAUCCUUUGAAGAGGAAGUUUGCAGUUAGAGAUAGAAGCGCUUUGGGUCAUCAUGCUCUGAACAGUAUUUUAAAACCUGCCAGAUCAAGCGUAGGAAUGCGAAUGCUGAAGCGUAUGGGCUGGAGAGUUGGUCAAGGUGUUGGUCCCAGACUGACCAAGAAAGAAAAGAAACAUCAGCGAAAAGAAAUUUCACGAACGAAAAAGGUCUAUGGCUGCUCUCUGCCUGAAUCUGAGGACACUCCUCUACCGACCAAAUCUCAAUCAGGUUCUGAAACAUCUGAUUCGGACGACGGCGAUGAUGAUAAUGAUGAUGAUGACAUCACAUUUGCGCCAGAUGAUUACGACCCGUUCCUCAUCAAUGCCAAGUCUGACUGUUUUGGGAUUGGGUAUAAGGGCUUGGAUCGACGUCCUGUGCUCUCCAACCACUUUAGUCUCUUCGAAGCGCCUGUCACAGUCAAGGAAAAGUCAAAGCAGUUGACCAUCCAAGGAAAGGGGUUUGGUGUUGGAGCCAUGGAAGAUGAAGAUGAAGACAUUUAUGCUGUUGAUGAUAUUUCAAAUUACGAUUUUUCAUUGGAGAACAGGCCAUCAACUUCAAAAUCAAAAGCUAACACAUUGAAAGCUCUGCCAUCACCUAAUGAGCCAAUUACAGGAUUUGUUGCCUCAACUAGAGCUUCGAAGAAAAACUAUUUCCCCCCACCAAAAUUGCCACCCAACUUUCAGCCUAUUCACGUUAUCAAAAAGUCGAGAUUUGAACGAAAGACAACAAGCGAAGAAAAUAACUCUAAAAAGAAAAUACUCACAGCAAGUGAUAGAUGCGAGUUGAUCGAUGGAGCACCUCCAAGUGAUACUGCACUAUCCAAGCUUAGUGCAGAUGCUAUUAGAGAGGACAAUGUGGAGAAGGCUGUGCCAAAGCCCGUUGCAGACGGCCUAUUCAGGCCUUUUGUUGCUUAUCCUGAUAAACAGAAACGAUAUGAACAGUAUUUGGUUUUGGCGAAAAAUGGGAAAAAAGAUGAGCUCUCAGUGCUUCAACCACUAUCGAUGACUGACUGGGAGAGAGAGCGCGAACGUUUGGAGUUUGAGCAAGCGUCAAAACUGUACCAGCCGCUGUCAGCUGCCUUCAGUGAUAGAUUCGUGGUUGCCUCUCAGCCUGAUGACGCCACAGAUCCCUUGGUUCAGACACUCAAAAGUGAUAGGAGAGAAGCAGCAAAGAAGAAAAUGUUUGGUCCGCUAACAAGAGUUGUAAGAGAUUGGGCUCCGGCCAGUUUGCUUUGUAAAAGAUUCAACAUACCGGAUCCAAACGUUAGAGAUAAUGGUAAUGAGAAGAAGAAACGGCCCAAGUUUUCAGUUUUCAAUUUCGUGGAUGCUGCUGCUUUCAACGCACCCAGUGUGAGCAGUGAUGUGGCUGCAAGUGAAGAGAUUCCCCCACUCAAACAGGAAGUAGAUGACGUUGAAGAAGAGCAAAGUGAGCCGGCCACAGCCAAUGUUGAUGUGACAAGUUAUCACAAUUCUGUCAUAUCUAAGAUUUUGGAGACUGGCGAAGAACCUGAUUCUAAAGAAGAUUUAUACAAAGCGAUAUUUUUGAGCAGCAGUGAAGACGAGUCAGAUGAUGACUUACUAGAUUCGACUAUUUCGUCUCAACCACCACCCAUCACUAUAUCAGCACCUACAGUCAAUACAUUGAGGAACACCUCACCUCCGCGAGGAAUAUUCGCCAACCUAGAUCUGGAUGCUCUCAAUGCAAGAAAACGAGAUAGUGAGAAGAAAGGUUUCGAACAUGAUACUGUUUCAACGGAAAAGUGUGAGAAUAAUGAUAGUGGUGACAGUAGACCUGAACGUGCAAGUAUAAUUAUUGAUCCGACUACUAGUAAUAAACCUGAUGUGGCAUCCACUUACGGCCCUGCUUUGCCUACUAAGCCUAUUUCUAAGGAGAGUUCUAGAAUAAGUGUUGAGUACAAAAAACCUAGAAAUGAUGAUGAUAGGUGGGUGGAGGCAACCAAUGUCAAAAAGAACAAGAAACACAAAAAAGAUCGUAAAUCGAAAUCUCAUCAUAAACAUAAGAAAAGUAAAAAGCAUAAGCGUUAAUUAAUCUAUUGUUUAUUAUUGCCAAGUUCCUGUUAAGUUACUAAUACGGAUUUCUUAUCAUUUAUAGACUAAUAUAUUUGUCUGACUUGUGAUAUGUACUAAUUUCUAUAAAAGUCAUCAAUUAAUUGAAAUUAGCGAGAAAAAUUAUACCCAGUAACCCAGUUUCGUGUUGCCUAUGAUUCUUGUGGUUUUAAUUAUUGAAACAUCAUGUAUUUUUUAUUGAUUGAUUGAUUCUUUAUUGAUUGCAUUCUGAUGGGAUUAACCCUCUUACUCGUGAAACAGUUCUGUGAUACUUUCAUAUGAAUUUAUAUGAUUUUAAUUAUUGAAACAUCAUGCAUGUAGAUGGAAUGAAACCUCUUGCAUUUUUAAAGUAUACAAUAAGAUUUAGAAUUGAUAUAAUUCUUUGGUUUAUUAAUUAAUAGAUGAAAUAGUAAUAGGGUGACCCAUAAUAACGGGAACUUCCAAAAACGUCAAAAACCGAAAGUGAGAAGAUAAAAAUAAUUUCCAAAAUGAAGAUUAUUCAGCCAGUACGUGCAGGCGUUAUCUGUAUUUUGACUGUAAUGACUAACUACUAGAUGAAGUACUACACAAGAAAUUUGAACAAAUCAAGUAUGGUAGUGUAGGUAGUACCUUGCGCAGUACUUGUCAAGACUUGAAAUUUUCAUUUUAGGGUGACCAAGAAUAACUGAAACUUUUGAAACGUCAUAAAUAAAACGAAAGUGAGAAGAGCAAAACGCAUUUUAAUUAUUUAUUUAGUCAUGUACAUUUAUUACACUCUAUUAGAAGGCACAACAGGCUUAUGUCAAAACUGUCCCUUUUCAAAUUUAUACUACAGUCCAAAUCAAAAUCUAGUUUAAGCUACUAUCACUUACUAAAAUAACAAAUUACACUUUUAAAAACAAACAAUUCUCCAAUUAAAAAUAUAUAUCAUAAAUAACUUAAUUCCGCAGUAUUAAAAACAAUUUAUUAUUCAAAAAACUUGAAUUUUGAAUAAAACUGGAAAAUUUCGAACCGAAAACUUCACGCACUAUUAUGACAAUGUGAACUUGAAAACUUGUCAUUCCAAGAUCAUCUAUUAUAUUUUUUAUUGUUUGAAAAUUACUUCCUUUAGAUGGCUUCUUCCUGCAGGAAUAGAUUAUUGGAAUUUGUGUCCGAGAUUCCUCACAAUCGCUGCAAUAUUUCAACAGUGAUAGUAAAUUUCACUCUGAAUUAUCUGUAUUAAUUCAACCAUAGUAACUGAGAAGACUUUUGAUUUGAGAUAGCUCCACAAAAAGGAAAUCAUAGGUGGACAAAUCUGGUAAUCUCUGGGGCCAGGAAACGCAACCGUGAGAUGAUGGCACGGUUAUCAAGCAAUACUCAAUCGCACAGCUGCCAUUAACUGCCUUGCAGUGUGCGUAUUGCAUUCGAUUCGACCAAUAAUUUUGAAUUAAUAAGGACAGCACAUUUAGAAUGAAAUCUACAGUAUCGUUGUUAAAAUGUUGCAACGGUCCAUAUCGGUAAAUUUCGUUUCAUGAUGUUUUAAAAGUUCCUGUCGCCCUGAAAUAAAAAUGUGAAGCCUUCAUCAGUACAGCUCUAAGUACUGCAUACACUAAUUGAUUUGUUCGAAUUUCUUGUAUAGUAGGCUACUCCAUCUAGCACUUCAAUUAUUUCAGUUAAAAUACAGAUGAAACUUGCACGUACUGGCCCAAUAAUCUCCAUUUUGGUACAAACUGAAUGUAAAUUGGUUCAGUAUUAUGAACUCAAUGACUGUCAUUAGGUUUGCAAAAGAAUCUCAUUGAGGAAAAAAUAGGGUUUAAAAUAGUAUCAAAUACAUGUAUGUACUAACGGUUUUAAAAUUAGCAAUUUAUCUACUGGAUACUGGCACAUUUAUAUCUGUAGAAGUGAUCGACAGUGAAUUGGAGUGAGAUCCAUUCAUGAUCUUGACUAAAACAUCAGGCUCACUUGUCUGUGCUAUCACCCUUAGCAUUUCCACCUGACAUUCAAUAUUCGCUCGCUUUUUCCCUGUCUGCAUGUCGGCUGUUAGCUGCAAGCUACAAGUAGUGUUGCAGGAAAAGAUCAACGUCUUUUAUUUUAUGUCGUGGAGAAAUCGAGAUACCGUACGACUCUUGUUUCCAAACAAGCACACCAAAUAGUUUUCGGAAGACAAGUUGACAGAGUGGAGGAGGAGGAGGAGGAGGAGGAGGAGGGAGAAGCGGAGCAGCUCUUGUGUUCGUUCGGGGGUCGAAUGUUUAGCAAGGGAUGGAAAGGGGGUUCUAGGCAAAGCAAAGGGUUUAGUUGAUGCAACGUUCAAGGUAGAAGUGGUGGGUGGAAAUGUUUCGCCCCUCUUCAGUCCAGCUGGCUGGAUCGACCGCUCACUAGGGCAACAAACCAACCUCCCUUCAGCCCCCACCAUCCUAGCCCAGUUGAGGAUGUUCGCCCUCUUACCAUACCACCCACCUUUUGUCGACAACACUCUCUUCUUCCUUUUGCCCUCAAGCAUCAUCCUAUAACUCCAUCUCCUUCCACAACAGACAAAAAUAUCCAAUAUUAUUAAAAAUUAUUAUCAAUACAGUUACCUUCUCACCCAUUUAUAAAAAUUAUUAUUACUCCUUUUACCAUAUCCCCACCUUUUUUGACAUCAGCCUUUUCUCGCCUCUAGCACCACCCUAUAAGUCUAUCUCCCUCUAUCGCGGACAAAAGCUUUAUUGUGACAACACUUAAGUGGAGCCUACAACCUUUCCACCCACAUAUCUCUUGCCGAAUUUCCAGUCACUGGUCAUUCCUCUAACUCACACUUUCUUUUCUUCCAAUCGAUUCCCGAAAUCUUUUCUCCACACUUGGAAUAUUGUUGUGCUGUGCGGUUUGUGUUGUCCCAUCCCAAGAUUAUUCUGAAUCAUAAUCAUGAUCUCUAAAAAA